CUAGAGAAAGAGUAUUAUGAUAACAACGAGUCAACGGAAACCUAUGCCGGUUUCUAAGCGGAGUACGGGAGGAGAUGCGAUUUAUGUGGACAGAAAUGGAAAUACGGAUGCUUUACCACCAUUGAAACCGUCGACGAAAGGCAAUGUUAAAGCCCAUGAUUCGACCGUGUCUAGUGCUUUGCCGAUUGUCGGAGGCGUUCAGGUACAACAGCUGUUUGAAGAAGAAACCAACCAACAGAAUAAGAACAAGAUCGCCAACGAAAUGCAUGGCCUUCCGGCUGUUCAUAGGCCAGCAUCUGUUUCGGGAAACGGAUCGCCAGCGUCGGGAAGAAGACCUAGCACAAAUGGCUCCGGUUCCCUUAAAGCUCGCGGGCUGCCGAUGUCGCCAGAGACAGCAAUGAAACAGUUCAUGCACAAACUAACUAGUUUUGAACAUCAUGAGAUCUUUAAUUAUCCAGAAAUCUGGUUUGUUGGUCCAAACGCAAAGAAACGACAGGGUGUGGUUGGUGGUGCGAAUAAUGGUGGCUACGAUGACGAUCAGGGCUCCUACAUCCAAGUUCCACAUGACCACAUCGCUUAUCGCUAUGAAGUUGUCAAAAUUAUCGGUAAAGGAAGCUUUGGACAAGUCGUGAAAGCCUAUGAUCAUAAAACGCAGACUAACGUGGCGCUCAAAAUGGUCCGCAACGAGAAGCGAUUCCACCGGCAGGCGCAGGAGGAAAUCAGGAUUCUAGAACAUUUGAGAAAGCAGGAUAAGGAAAAUGUUCAUAAUAUCAUUCAUAUGUUAGAACAUUUUACUUUCCGCGGACAUGUUUGUAUGACUUUCGAACUGCUUAGUAUGAAUCUUUACGAGCUCAUAAAGAAGAACAAAUUUCAAGGUUUUAGCCUGCAGUUGGUCCGCAAAUUCGCACACUCCAUUCUUCAAUGUAGCGACGCUCUUUAUCGAAACCGUAUCAUUCACUGCGAUUUAAAACCGGAGAACAUUCUUCUAAAACAGCAAGGAAGAAGUGGAAUUAAAGUGAUUGACUUUGGAUCUAGUUGCUAUGAACAUCAACGCAUUUACACGUACAUUCAAAGCCGUUUUUACAGAGCGCCCGAAGUCAUACUCGGCGCCAAGUAUGGCAUGGCAAUUGAUAUGUGGAGUUUCGGAUGUAUUUUAGCUGAACUAUUAACUGGCUAUCCUUUGUUUCCCGGUGAGGAUGAAGGAGAUCAGUUGGCUUGCAUUGUUGAGCUGUUGGGGAUGCCGCCUCAGAAGCUUUUAGAAACAUCAAAGCGAACCAAGAACUUCAUCAACUCCAAAGGUCAUCCGCGGUACUGUACUGCUACGACGCUUCCCGAUGGUAGUACUGUUUUAACCGGUGGCCGUUCAAGGCACGGCAAAACACGGGGACCACCUGGCUCCAAGAAGUUUACAACUGCUCUGAAAGGCUGUGAUGACUCCCAGUUCAUUGAUUUUCUUCAGAGAUGUUUAGAAUGGGAUCCUUCGCAACGAAUGACCCCCUCGCAAGCCUUACGGCAUCCAUGGCUUCGAAGGCGCUUGCCUCGAGCCCCUGAAUCGAACGAGAAAUCGAGUUAUCAACGACACAAUUCAGGAUCCGGCGUCUCCAAACUGCCACCAGCUGCACCUACUUCGGGAAAAGCCAAGCCACGUAGGCAAAUCGAGGAAAUUUUGGACGAUGGACACAGAGUUAGCGAAUCUGCUAAGCUCAACACAAGAACUGUGCUACCAAAAAUAGUCGGGAGAUAAUAUUGUUCAAUUUCAGACUGAUAAAUUGCAACAUUAUAUUUUCUUGUAGCAUCCUUUUCAAUCGGAACUUUUUUUUUGUUUCUGUUAUUAAUGUUCUUUGAACUCAUUUUCAAGAAACUUUAUUAUUUUUUUUAUUUUACUGUUAGAGGUGUUAGAACUGUGAAGUCUGUUAAGGUUUUUGAGUUCAUCUGCGGCCAACGUUGAAUUCGAAAUAUUCGUCCUUGCAUGCUUUUGCCGUGGAAAUCUUUUAUGCUAACUCGUACGUAUUUACUUACGUAAGAUAUUUUAACGGAUGGGAUGUUUUUAAGCCAAAGAAAAAUAAUUCACUAUUUUUGUCAAGAAAACUCAAAUGCUCGAUUUAUCAUUGAAUUUAAGUUAUAAAACUACGUUGUAAAAAGAAUUCUAAAAUUUAUUCUCUGUACGGAAGUGUGCUUAGAUGUAAUUAAUAUUCAAGGUUGUUGUAUAUACACAUGUACUUAGCGAAUUCACGUUCAGAAAAAUAUAUAAGUAGUAUGAAUUUUUUUUACCCGCAUGAAAGCGGACCAAAGUUCGUUUAAAGUCAUUGUAUAGUAAAAGAUGGAGAAAAGGAUUAAAGAAUUCUACUUUUCCAAACAAUGCAUUGUUUCUAAUCAUGACUUCAGUCAUUUCCAAAGAUGGC